GAUCUGUUCACGACAAUGAAGGUGGUAGAUGUGGUUGAGUUGGGACUGGGAGCUAAUGCUGCUCUCUGUGACAUACACCGUCUUCACUGGAACACUGACGCACAUGGAGCUAAAGGAAGGUACCAAUCAGCAGAAGCUAAGAUGAAGUCACCCUUCAUUGUGGAACUGAAGCCAAUGGAGAUACAUACUUUUAACAUAACAAUCUCCAAGACCUCAAAGUUAAUGUCUUCACCACUACGAAUAGAGUCAGUACACAGCCUCAUCUCGAUGUCAUCACUGGUUGGAGGAGAGAUCUCUUUCCUGAACCAUGGUGGAGAGUUCCAGGAACAGCAUGCGUUGAAUGGACCACAUCCCGCACCAUCCCAGAGAGGAUCGUCUCCAUAGAAGAUGUACUGGACUCUAUUCUCACUGCCAGUGUCACAGAAGUAGUCAUUUCCGAUAAAGCCAGGGCAACCGAAGAGCAUCCACCACCAUCAAAUGUUCCUAGCACACAGUCUGCGAGGACUGGUGAGGGUCUUCAGACCAGAUGGACAGGUACUGUUAGUGUCGUUCAUGUUGAUAGAGGCCACCCUCAUCCAGCCUCCAGCUACACCGUUGCAGCUCCUCUCCAUGUCACAGUACAUUUGACAGGGUUUGUUGUCAGUUCCACUGAUCCAGUAGAGAGCCGAGGGAGACUGUGGGGCCAGCUGGAGGAUCUCCUUGCAGGAGGAGGCAGGGUGACUGGGAGUGUAGCCAGGAAUGAAGAAUUGGGAGAUCUUUGUCAGCAGAAAGUCUCCAGCUUGGUUCAGCUCACUCCUGAUCUCCUCCCUGAGCCGACUAGCAGUAGUCAGUACUACUAGGUCAUUCUCCUCAUAGACACAGACUGCUGUGCUGUAGACAAGCAGUACCACAGACACCAAGGCAAUGGGAGCCAUGUUGAUAAAGUCACCUUAUGCAGAAGUUAAUUUCUGCCCGUACUUUUAUAGAUACAAAGAGACUUUACCACCAUUGCAGUUCAUUACAAUCAUCAUAAUGUGCUGCAAUAUCUGAGAAUGAUCACAAGUCACCUGCUGUUGGAUACUA